AUGACGCAGCAGGAACAGGAGUCGGUGACUUCUACUGGUGGUGGUGGUGGUGGUGUGGGGUUGCAGUUGGAACAGCUCGCUAAUACACACUUGCUGACCGUUAGGGUGCGCUGGGCAAAGGAGCUGGGUGUCGGGGAACAAGCCGUGGUGAACGAGCUUUCCAAAGUGGUGCACAGUUUCAAGGGUAAUCUUGUCAACCCGGUGUACGUUGAGAGGUACCAGUAUUUAGUCGACAGUGAGAGAAUUGAUUUGAUCCAGAGUUGCGAUUUGUCCUUUGAAAAUGCUACGGUGGAACACGCACAGUGGGCUAGUGAUAGUAAGGGCAACAAGGACUACAGUAUUGUGAUCCAAUCCCAAUUCAAGAAAAGAUCCGCCAUGGAACGGUGUAUCGACAAAACCGUGUCGAUUCUCAAGGAUCACAGUGGCAGUGAUGACCGCAAGGUUAUCGAGGCGUGGUCUAUCAGUUAUAAUAACCACUCGCUGACGCACCCGGGGAACAUAUUCAUCGGGAACGUCUCCAAAUCUACCACGCUCGCGGAACUGACAGAAAUCUGCGAGGGAUUUGGUCCCAUAAUGUCCAUAAAACUCAUCGAUAACAAGUCCGGUGCUCCAGGGAGGAACAAGAUCCAUGAAACAGCGACAAACUUCGGGUUCGUUUCAUUCCAAUUGGGGUCUCAGGCUGCUAAAUGCAUCAAUGAGUUGAACGGGAAACGGAUAAAUGGGUCAGAUUUACUAGUCAACUACCACGUGGAGAGAAAGGAGAGGGAAAAACUGUACUGGGACCAGUUUAAAAACCCGGGCAAAGAGACCCCCACCACGAUGGAUAAUAACUCUGAUUGUGGGGCGGAUACGGAAAGUAAUGGACAGAUGAUCCAGUUCCCAGACGAAAACGCGGACGAUUUCAAGUGCGUGUUUGUCGGGAAUCUGCCCAGGUCCACCACAGUCAUCACCGUGGACACAACAGCAGAGCCGACUGUAGUUACCGUGGAAAGUGUCAUUGCUAUGAUCAGGGAACGGAUGGAAUCACAGCUGCCCAACUUGGAGAUAUCCUCCUCGUACUUCCCCACAGAGCACACGGAUAUUGGGAGCAAUACCUCGAGUGGCAAUGGCAGGACACAGCUGAAGGGGUACGGUUUCAUCAAGCUACCAACCCACGACGACGCGGUGUGUGUCAUAGAGACGCUUAACGGCUCAGAAUGGCACGACCACAAAUUGACAGUCAACAGGGCCAUCCAGAACAGAGUCCACAACUUACGACGCAGGGCCACUGCGUUCAACAAACCACGAAUGUACAAAUCACCAAGCAUAAGUAACUCAAGGAGAUCAAGCUUCUUGGAUGUCCCGCAGCAACCGUUUGUCGGGAUGGUACCUUUCUUCCGCAGCGGGAGUACUCCUCGCGUGUUUGCCGCCCAAGGGGCGCCACAGGCAUUGCUACCCCUGGCAAACAACCCGCAUCAGUUCAUUGCUCCAAGCAAUCCCUACUUCCCCAGUAACUUGCCCAUGCCCACGAGCAAUCAACAGGAAUCUAACUUGUACAUCAAACACAUCCCCUUGUCAUGGAGGGACCCAGAGUUGUACCAGUUCUACAAGCGGUUCGGCAAGAUCAUAAGUGCCAAAAUCAUUACCAUUGGGGGGAGCAAUCGUCGGAACUCGGGAAGCCCGGGGAUCCACCAGGAGGACUCGAACGAGACAAAUGGUGUAUCUAACGUGGGUUCAUCCAAGGGUUACGGGUUUGUGUGUUUUGAGAACCCGUUAGAUGCAUCGAGGGCGAUUUUAGCGACGAACGGGGCGCUCGUGGACCCGAACCAUGUCCUUGAAGUGUCCUUUGCCAACAAGAAGAACGGUCACGAGAGUGGGGAUAGACAUAUGAUAGACGUGAACGACACGAGGUACAAUCAAAAAUUCUUGAACGCGCUCGUCCAUGAGCAAAAUCAGGUAAUGUUGAUGUCCUCGUUACAAAACUCACAGGGUCUAUCUCCACCUCUUCCACCGGUCAUACGGCAAGCCCCAGGGUUUGCCUACCAACAAGCGACAACGAGUCCCAUCCCAGCAUUCGUACCGGUAUCCUCCUAUGCUCCGAUCCCAAUGCAAUACCCUAAUCACACUGACGGUAUAAAUUGA